CCUCACCUCAUCCAGCCUAUCUAUCAUAUCACUCGACUCGAGUGAGAAAUAAACAAAAUGCCUCGAGCAACCAGCGAUCGCUUCUCAAAGGCCCACCAGCCUUCCGCAAAAGCCUCAUCCUCAAAAUCAAAAUCAGGCCAAGCAAGCGGUAGCUCAGAUGCAGCACAUAAUCCGAUCUUCAACACGGAGAGAUUUGGGCAACAUAUUCUGAAGAACCCGAGUAUUGCGCAAGAUAUUGUCGACAAGGCAAACCUACGACCGACAGAUAAAGUUCUCGAAGUCGGUCCAGGAACGGGUAAUCUGACUGUCCGUAUCCUCGAAAAAGCGAAACAUUGUACAGCAGUCGAGAUGGAUCCUCGCAUGGCUGCCGAACUCACAAAACGUGUCCAGGGAAAACCAGAGCAACGCAAGCUCGAAAUCAUGAUCGGUGACUUCGUCAAAGCAACCCUCCCCUACUUCGACGUCUGUAUAUCCAACACCCCCUACCAAAUCUCCUCUCCCUUGAUCUUCCGCCUCCUCUCCCACCGCCCUCUCUUCCGCUGCGCUAUCCUCAUGUUCCAACGCGAAUUCGCCCUCCGCCUUGUCGCCCGUCCCGCUUCCACCCUGUGGUCCCGCCUUUCCGCUAACGUCCAACUCUACGCAAAAGUCGAUCUCAUCAUGAACGUGGGCAAGAAUAACUUCAGGCCGCCCCCGAAUGUGGAGAGUAGUGUGGUUAGGGUGGUUCCACUGGAUCCGCCACCGCCGGUCAGGUUUGAGGAGUUCGAUGGGCUGGGGAGGAUCGUGUUUAGUAGGAGGAAUAAGACUGUGCAUGCGAGUUUUGGGGCGAAGGGGGUGGUGGAGAUGUUGGAGAAGAAUUGGAAGACUUGGUGUGCGGAGAAUGAGAAGAUGAUUGAUGAUGAUAUGAGCAUGAAAGAGAGGGUGGAGGGUAUCCUGACAGAAUCGGGCUACCAUGACCAGAGGGCGGCGAAAAUGGACGUGAACGAUCUGUUGAAACUACUCUCGGCCUUCCACGACGCCGGUAUUCACUUCGCAUGAUACUCAACAUGGCGAGGUGUGGUGUGUGUUGCCGCGGUCAUGGUCAUAGUCACCUCUAAGUUAUUGUUUCCUUUUGGCCUGCUUUGUUGAGCUUCUGUUUGCUUUCGUUUGUGCAGGAUAUACUUAUCAAUGUUUCCCGUUCGAGGUCGGGAAUGCAUUUCGCGUCCUCGCCGUUGAAUAUAUUUCAAGGUGCGGACACA